UUUGUAGGAAAUUCCACUUACUUGGAUGAUCAUGGACCACCCCCACAGAAGGUUCUUCCAUUCCCCAGCCAGGUGGUCUACAACAGAGUUGGAAAGUGUGGGAGUCGAACUGUGGUUUUGCUUUUGAGAAUUUUAUCAGAGAAACAUGGAUUCAACCUCGUUACAUCUGACAUUCAUAACAAAACAAGACUUACCAAAAAUGAACAGAUGGAAUUGAUUAAAAACAUAAGCACUGCUGAGCAGCCCUAUUUAUUCACUAGACAUGUUCAUUUCCUCAACUUCUCAAGGUUUGGAGGCGACCAGCCAGUGUAUAUCAAUAUUAUUAGAGAUCCUGUCAAUCGAUUUUUAUCCAAUUAUUUUUUUCGACGUUUUGGAGACUGGAGAGGAGAACAGAAUCAUAUGAUCCGUACCCCCAGCAUGAGGCAGGAGGAAAGAUAUCUGGACAUCAAUGUAUGUAUCCUUGAAAACUACCCUGAGUGUUCCAAUCCCAGGUUAUUUUACAUUAUACCAUAUUUUUGUGGACAGCAUCCAAGAUGCAGGGAGCCUGGUGAGUGGGCCCUUGAAAGAGCAAAGCUGAAUGUUAAUGAAAAUUUUCUUCUUGUGGGAAUUCUGGAGGAGCUGGAGGAUGUGCUGCUUUUAUUAGAAAGAUUCUUACCUCAUUAUUUCAAGGAUGUGCUGAGCAUCUAUAAAAACCCAGAACACAGGAAACUUGGCAAUUUGACUGUGACAGUGAAAAAGACCGUCCCUUCUCCAGAAGCCAUACAGAUCCUCUACCAGCGCAUGAGAUAUGAAUAUGAAUUCUAUUACUAUGUCAAAGAACAGUUUCACCUAUUAAAGCGCAAGUUUGGACUCAAGUCUCAUAUCAGGAAACCACGUCCCAGACCUGAGUUCUUCAUUCCUUCUCCCCUGGAAACAGAAGAACCAAUAGAUGAUGAGGAAGAUGAUGAAAAAUGGCUAGAGGAUAUCUAUAAAAGGUGAUAAAAGCAAGAACCAUCUUUCUCUUCUGGUGACCCCUUCAGCUUUCUUAAGAUUUUUUUAAUUAUUAUUAAAAGUAAUUCUUUAAGGAACUGAGUUCAUGAGCAGCAGUGUUUAAAAGGAAACGAAAGAGAACAUUCCCACGUGUUGGGGAAAUUGGGAGAUACCUGUUGUUGCGGGUUUGAUUGUAUUAUACUGUCUUGGCUCCAUAGAAUCCUGUCUAGAACAUAGUUUAAGAGAAAACUAUGUACAGUCUCAUCACAAAAUAACUUUUGGAGUGUGCAGUAGUGCUCUGGGCACCAGCAAAACACAAUAGGUUAGGCAGUAUUGCAAAUUUUACAGACUUCUCAUCUCUGUCUCUGUCCAGAAGCAAGUCAUCAUUGCGUAAUGCUGCAGCAUUCACAACCAGAAAUGAGAAGCUAGUGAGCCCAGAGUGCCUAUUUCUACUUAGACAACCCUGGUGCUCUCGGGGUAUGGCCAGAGCCAUUGCUGCUGUCUGCACUUCAAAGGACAACAGACUCAAAAGUGGAUUAGACUGUGGUUUCUGAAUAAUUGUAGGAGGAGCAAGUAUACUGCUUUGUCAAAUUAGUACUAAUGAUUGGAAAGAAGGCAAGUUACAGGAACUAGAAGUUUCUGGGGAAUCCGUGAGUGGAAAAAGUUACUGGGUCAAUGAAUGGMGAGAACGGAUGGAAAGCUUGCAAGACAGGGUUUUGUGAUUUGCAGAGUUUUGCUUCUGCAGCUCAAUGCAUUUCUAUUAGGCUGUAAUGGAAAAGGAGCAGUUUGUCUUUUUUAUCUUCAGGAAAUUUAUUUGUAGAUCAUUCCUGU